UCCGCGCAUCCGUGCCGUUUCAAUUGGUGGGCUGCGCGCCACUCGCAUCAAGCGCCACUUUUCAGUGAACCGCUGAGACGGCCGCGGAACGCUUCGUAAUCGGAAAGCGUUAGUUCUAUGUAAGCCGCGUCGCGACGCCGCACUCGAGAUGCUGUUGCGCUCCGUGAGACGUAAAAGAGCGUGAGUUAUCGGGUGCGGUGGGCACAUGGGGAAACGUGAUAUGUGUGAAACUUUAGUGUCGUUGACGACCAAGGUGCGAACAUCGUCCAUGGAAGACAUGUAACGGAUCCGGAGGAAUUUCAUUCUUCUCUAAAAGUUGGGGCGUUCGAGAAUGCUCUUGCGUUGGCAUGUAAUCUCUCCAUGUCUAAUUCUUCUUUGGCUCUACCCAGCAUAUACAAUGUGUCCCAUUGACUGUCUCUGCAGAGUGGAUGAAGCAGGAAAACGUCGCAUCGCCUGCACUAAAGGUGGAAUGAUCGAUCCAAUACCAACAUUUAAUAUGGACCCGGAUAUGGAAAUACUCGAGAUCAGCGCACCAGACCGUGAAUGGAACAUCUUAACGGUCAAUUCGAUUUUUCAAGGUUUUAAAAUGCUCGAAGAAGUGCAUAUAACUCGAUCGAACAUCGUUCAAAUCGGUCAACACGCGUUCUGGGGCGUACCUUCCAUACGCGUGUUAAAUUUGACCCACAAUAACUUAACGACGUUGUUCGAUCACAACUUUCGAGGCUUGGUGAAUUUGGUGGAACUGAAUUUGGACGACAACGCUAUCUCGAGAGUGCCAUCAGGAGCCUUCCGGCACCUGUCGGAGUUAAGGAUCUUGUCCUUGCGCCGCAACUACGUACGAGAACUUUCACCAAGACUGUUCAUCAAACUUAGCAAACUGCAGGUGUUGAAAAUUAGCGAGAAUCCGUUGGUCGAUCUUGAUCCGGAAGUUUUCAAAGACGUUCCGGAACUCCGUGUGUUAGAGUGCAGAGCGUGUGGAAUAUCCCGUAUCAACACACAAAUUUACCAUCUUCUGCCUUACCUAACUCAUUUGGAUUUAGGUGAUAAUCGCAUUCAAUUUUUGGACACCGACGAAUUUAUCGAUUUAAGACGAUUAAAAUCGCUUUAUUUGGAUGGAAAUAUGUUACCCGUCGUUUUAGAGAAAGCAUUCGUUCAUCAAAUACGUUUAAGAACGCUGUGUUUGGCUAGAAAUCGACUGGCAAAAGUGACAUCAACCGCUUUUUUCAAUUUAUCAACACUAAUCGACCUAGACAUCAGCUACAACAAACUGAGCAAAUUCGACGUGGAAUCGUUGAAUCCGGUGGCGAAUUCGUUGCAGAGGUUCAGUAUCAGCGGUAAUCAGUUUUCGGCGUCGAUGGUUAAAUCGAUUUUGCAAGUGAUGUAUAAAGUGCGUGAUUUAUCGAUCGCCGAUUUGAAACUGGAAGAAUUUCCUCAUAACUUUAUCUCCGGCAUUCAGGUGCAAAAAUUAAAUAUUUCCGGGAAUUUGAUUAAAAAUUUAACCGUGCAAUCAUUACCAACACAUUUAAGUUUACUUGACGCUUCGCGAAAUAGAAUUGUAAAAAUUUCGGAAAAGCUACUAAAAUCGUUAAUAAAAAUCGAAACCGUUUAUUUAAACAACAACUCGUUUUCAUGUAGACUUUGUGACGUAUUGCCCGUGUUAAACUUUUUGAAUAAAACACGAACUAAUAUAACAAACAUAAAGGGUUUAAAUUGUGUUACACCGUUAACUUUAAAAAAUAAUCCAAUCGAUCUAACAUUAAAGCAGCGUGUAUUACCAAAGUGUCCUACACCGUACUCAGAACUGAGUUUCGUAGAAAAAAUGAAACAAAACGUUGGAUUAGUCAUUGGAAUUGUUAGUUUGAUAGUGUUUCUAACAGCUUGCGUUCUAUUCGUUGUUCUUUCGUGUUUGAGACGUCACAGAAAUCACGGUGAAAAUAAAGAAAGAAGAAGAAGGAAAAGGACCCCGGGCAUCGAAAUGUCUGAGGAUCCAUCGGUAGCUUUUGGUAGCAAACCAGAAAUCAGCUUUAAAUUUCCGCUCGAUUUGACCGAGAGGAGAGCUUCUAUUUCAACGAUUGACGAUAUGAAAAAAGAGUCGGAACUAAGCGGAUUGCCUAACGGGACUGUGCUUUGAAGAGUUUUCGAAUCCCCAUGUUUGUAAUCAUACAUAUCGUUAUGUAAAGCUGACUAAACGUUAAUUUAAAAUUUAAAAAACUUACAUAUCUGAACUGAAAAGUAAACAAUAUUAAAUGAAGUACUUAAUAAAAAUGUUAGUGCCUCGCAAUAUCGAACUCAAUAACUGGCUAAAAAAGUAAUAAACUAAUAAUGUGUUUAAGGUUGUGUUUAAAUGCACAAUUCGUUUUUUAUAUAUUUGUACAGUGUAUAUAAACCGAAAAACGUUUUUUAUAAAAACCUUUCGUUAUAAAAAACGACGGCCGACUAAUUGUAAGUAAAUCGAUCUGUGUAAAAUGAUUAUGUACUGUUAUAAAUUUUAUUAAAGAUUUAAAUAAA